AAACUAAAUGUAGAAAAUACUAACAAUAAAUACAUAAUUUUUUUAUAUUCUAUGGUAUUUUGUUUCAUCAGAUCUGAUUGUCUCUUUAGAAAAUGUCUGCAUAUGAUAAUGUGGUUGGCGGGAAGUUGAAACUAAAGGGGAAGGCAUUGGAUGUAAAAGCCGCUGGAAUAAAGAAAAAGAAAAAGAAGGAAAAGAAGGAUUAUGAUCAAAUCUCCCAGGUUACAGAAAACGAGCUUUCGAUUGAUGGGGGUAGUGGAUCCAUAGAUAAUUCCACCAAGGAAGAGACCACAGAUGCAACUAAAUCUGUUGGUGAAGAAAAUGCCGGUCGCUGGGAUGAUAAUCUAACCCCUGCAGAGAGGCGCUACAUAGAACAGAGAGAGAGGAUCGACAUGCAUAAGAUGGCCAAGACUGCUAAUAAAUCACAUCGUGACCGAAUUGAAGAUUUCAAUCAGUACUUGGCAAACAUGAGUGAGCACUAUGACAUUCCCAAAGUUGGCCCUGGCUAAUUAAGAACAAAUCAGAAAUUUGCUGCUGGAUCUCCAUGUCUCCUUUACAGUUGUUUCGCGUUAGCAUCUGUACUAGCUACUAUUUUGCAUGUACUCUGUAAUUUAGAUGUUCCCUUGGUUCGAUGGUCUUUGCAUGAUCAUCUUCCUUCUGAGGCUGAACCUCGCAAUGAUGUUCUAAUGGAUGUAAAUUUUCAGAUUGUAUGUGCUUAAAUUGAAAGGUUUAUACCAAUUUCGAUCAAGUGAGACAUUUCAAAAGGUGGAGAUUUUCCUCAAA